UUAAAUAUAAGCACAUACAAAACCAAAACAAACAUAACAUUAAUAGAGCCCGAAACUUCUGUUUUACAUUACAGGCUAUAUAUUUUUCUUGUUUUAUUAUCUGGGACAUGCCACUGACACAUAUAUUCACACAUCUGCAAACAGUUGAAAAUGCCAAAAAGCAUAAAUCCAUCAUAAACAACUUUAUGAUCAACAUGCAUGUUUUUUUUUAUAUGUUCCUGUUAUGAAUGACAGUAGAAUGAUGAAGUGUGUGAUGCACAGACUGACGGAGCCUCCUCUCAGUGUGUGUAUGUGUGUGUGAGGGGGCGGACAGCUCUGAUCCUCCAGCAUUGUGUCUGGUGUGAGCGUGCAGAGAUGUAUUGCACAUUUAAACAGCAGAGCGUCAGUGUGUGUGUGUGUCUGUCUGUCUAUGGUCUAUGGGACGCUUCACAGAUCGUUUCUUCUCCAAGAUCUCCCCCGGCAGAAGCUCAUCCACGCUGACAGUUAUGCCCGCCUCCUGCGCCUCCUCCUCCGGCUGGAUCCUCUGCGCGGUGCUGCUCUCCUCGGCUCUUCUCUGGUGUCCGACUGAGUCCAAGCGCAACCGCGGAGCCAUCCCGCAUCCAGACAAAAACACCCCGAACGAGUCCUCGCGGAGCCCGCAGCAGCAGGAGUCCGCGUCCGGCUCCAGGGCCCGCAGCAGGGGCUCGGAGGAGGUGUUGGAGUCCAGCCAAGAGGCGCUGCAUGUGACCGAGCGCCGGUACCUGAAGCGGGACUGGUGCAAAACACAACCGCUGAAACAGACCAUCCACGAGGAGGGCUGCAUCAGCAGGACCAUCAUCAACCGCUUCUGCUACGGCCAGUGCAACUCAUUCUACAUCCCGCGGCACGUGCGCCGGGAGGAGGGCGCCUUCCAGUCCUGCUCCUUCUGCAAACCCAAGCGCUUCACCACCAUGAGCUUCACCCUCAGCUGCCCGGACCAGCAGCCGCCCACCCGCAAGAAGAGGGUGCAGAGGGUCAAGCAGUGCCGCUGCAUCUCCAUCGAGCUGGACUAGAGCUGGAUAAACAGCCCCAGGAGGAGCUCACGGGGACCGGUAUGCUGGAGGGCGGAGGACGAGAGGAUGCGGUCGGCGAAAAAUAACGCUUUUACCCUUAAACUGCUUAGUCUUUUGGGGGUUUUCCUUAUUAGAUUACACGGAUCAUUAAAAUCUGUCACCAUCCACAUGCAAAAAUUCGCUUUUUAAGCCCUAAACUGUUGGGCUUCUCCGUUACGCAGAAUCUGUCACCGUGCAGAAAUUCCAGAAAUUCGCAUUUUAACCCAACUAAAACUGUUGGGUUACGACAUAGCCUAUUAUCCAUCACCAUCCGCAUGCAGAACCACUACAGUACCUUUUAAAUACUUUAACACUAUAAAACAUUACUGUCUUGCCGUAACCCGAUGAGUUAAAUAUAGACAAACCCCGAUGUUGGAUUAAUUAUUUUUUUCAUCAAAUACUGGGUUGUCCAUAACCCAAAGUUGGCUCAAAUAUGGUUAAUUAGACAUAAAUCUUGCCAAUCAAAUGUAAAUUCAACUUGUAAAUUUAAACUGCUGGGUUUCUCCAUAUCAUCUGUCAUAUCAUCUGUAACAGAAGUUACUUUUAGUAUAUAAUGUAACUAUAAAGCAAUGCUGGGAUGUGCAUAACCCAAUGUUGGGUCAAAUAUGGUUAUUUAGAGAUAAAUCUUUUCAUUCAUUCAUUCAUUCAUUUUCUUUUUGGCUUAGUCCCUUUAUUAAUCAGGGGUCGCAACAGUGGAAUGAACCGCCAACUUAUCCAGAAUAUGUUUUCACGCAGCGGGUCCCCUGUUAGCUGCAACUCAGCACUGCGAAGCAUCCAUACACACUCAUUCACACACAUACUCUACUGACAAUUUAGCUUAUCAAUUCCCCUAUAGCGCAUGCGUUUGGACUGUGGGGGAAACCGGAGCACCCGGAGGAAACCCACACCAACACGGGGAGAACAUGCAAACUCCACACACAAACACCAACUGAACCAGCCGAGGCUCGAACCAGAGACCUUCUUGCUGUGAGGCGGUCGUGCUACCCACUGCGCCACCAUGACGUCCUAUAAAUCUUUUUAAUCAAAUGUCAAUUAUGAUUUUUUUAACCCUUAAACCACUUAAACUGUUGGGUUUCUCCAUAUUAUGUCACAAUGUGCAUGCAGAAAUAUGGAUAAAUCUUCUCAAUCAGAUUUAAAUGAUGCUUUUUAACCCUUAAACUACUUACACUGUUGGGUUUCUCCAGUAUCUGUAACAAUCCACAUGCUAAAACACUAUAUAGUAACAUUUAGUAAAUACUGUAACACUCAAAAAUGUCACAACCCAGUGAGUCAGAUAUGGACAAACCCAACGUUGGGUUAUUUUUUUUUUACUUUUACCCCUUAAACUAUUUAAACUCCAUAUUCAGCAUGCAGAAGUUACUUUAGUAAAUAAUAUAACACUAUUAAACUAUUUAAAUGUUGGGUCAAAGAACCCCACUUUGGAUAAAUUUUUAUCAAUCAAACAUAAAUUAUGUUUUUUUAACCCUUAAAUAACUUAAAUUGUUGGGUUUCUCCUUAUUCCACCUACAGAAGUUACUUUAAGUAUAUAAUGUAACUAUAAAGCAAUGCUGGGUUGUGCAUAACCCAAUGUUGGGUCAAAUAUGGUUAUUUAGAGAUAAAUCUUUUCAUUCAUUCAUUCAUUUUCUUUUCAGCUUAGUCCCUUUAUUA